CACGGACCACGCCUCGUCGCGUUGGUCGCCAGUCUCCAGGGACGCGGCUCUCUACACGUACCGCUCGUAUCGUGCCGUCUCCGCGCUCGUCUUCAGCCGUAAGAGCCACAAAAGAUGUCGGCUGGGUGGUGGGCGCUGGCCUGUGUGCUGGUCGCGGCGGCCGCGGCCCCCGGGUGCCUGGCCGGGGCCAGCCUGCCGCUGGUGGAGCCGUCGACGCUGGCGUCGCUGGUGCGCGCGGCGCCGCUGGUAUUCUGCGGGCGCGUGGCGCGCGUGCUGCUGCCCAGCCGCAGGGAGGUGCUGUCGCUGCAGAUGGACGGGCGGGCGCGCGUCGUCACCGCGGGCGGCCGGCCCGUGCCCGACGAGGCCAUCGCCGCCGUGCUGCUGGUCAGCGUGCGUACCAUGGUGAAGGGCACGCUGCCCGGGCAGCGCCCGCCGCAGGAGCCCGUCGACUACCUCUUCCCUCGCAAGACUGUCGAGGUGCUUCUUCGCGGAGGCGGCAGCCCGGUGGAGGCUCGUACGCUGCGGGUCCUGCACACGGCCAUCUUCCUCGCCAGGCCCGACGGGUCGCGCCUACGCCUGUUCGCCAGUCCUCUGCCCAUGGCGCUGCGAUACCUGGACGUCGUGCGGGCUGCAGCCAAAGAUAUGACAUACACGCCAAGGCCACCAGCAGGUGAAGAGCCGUGCGAGCGCCAGCAGUGCCCGUGGGGCGCGGAGUGCGUGACGGUGGCCGGCCGCGCCGCCUGCCGCUGCCCCGAGCUGUGCCCGCCCCCCCACGACGCCGGACCCGUCUGCGGCACCGACGGCCGCACCUACCCCACAGAGUGCGACCUGCGCGCCGCAGCCUGCAGCCUACGAGACGGCACCCGCCUCAGCCACCACGGGCCCUGCGAUGAGACAGAAGCUUUUGCAGAUGAAGCAGCAGAUUCUACUGUUGGCUAAGCAGCUGGUAUAGUUUAUGAGAACAGCAAAAAAGUAGCAUUACAUCUAGAUACGUGCCGCGACGAUGUUUUGGAAAGAGAACGACUUGGGAGCUGCCAAGGCAGCUGGUUGACAGCCUGUCCUCUGGCAAUAGCUUUCAUUCUCUUCACAGAGUCUGUUACCUGUAACUUAGCAUGUAGAAGUAGUAAACAAGAUAAUACAAGUAACAACGGCCUUGACUGCUUUUUCAAAUUUCACCACACAACCAUUAGAGC